CGCGCCAACAAUAUAAAGAUCACCAAACGUUUGUGGAUCAUCUAAAGCUCCCAGAGGCACAGAAGACAACUGAGAAACGGGGAAAAAGAGCGACCACAAACACGCCGAUAAUGCAUUCUAACCUGGCCACCUGGCUCGGAGCUCUGGGCUUCCUGCUGUGCGCGCUGAUAUGUUUGGGAACUCUGACCGAGGGAUACCCCAUCAAACCCGAGAACCCAGGGGAGGACGCCCCGGCAGAUGAACUGGCCAAGUAUUACUCCGCAUUGAGGCACUAUAUUAACCUCAUCACAAGACAAAGGUACGGGAAGAGGUCUAGUCCUGAGAUUCUGGACACUCUUGUUUCAGAGCUGGUGCUGAAGGAAAGUGCAAACACUCUUCCACAGAGCAGAUAUGACCCGUCAUUGUGGUAAUGUCUACCCUGUCCCCUCGACCACCCACCUCAGGUGCCAGGUCUGCAACUGCCCCCCCCCCCCCCCCCCCCCCCCCCCC